AUGGAUAUUCCAUCCACAUCAGGCAAAAGCAAUAACACUUUUGAUGACAGUGAUGUCUCUAGUAUUAAUGAGACAUAUACAGAUUCAGGUUCCAGUUACAAUCCUUCUGAUAUGGAAGAUUCAACAAGUGAAAAAAGUAAAGGUGAAAAUGAAAAUGUAUUGGUGACUGAUAAGAAUUUACAAAGCAGUUUUCAGUCUAACGAUAUUGCAAAUCCUGGAGAAAUUCUAAGAAGUAGGAAACGUGGUGCUCGUCGAAAAUUUGCAGAUAAAAGUCAAUGGCAACGUAAUAUAAGAAAAAAUUACGAAAUAGUGGACAUAUCCUACUUAUGUGGCCAAAUCAAACUUACUUCAAAAUUAACCAAUACUGCUCAAAGUGACUCCAGAAAAUACACAAGACAAUAUUCUUUGACAAAAGAAACAGGGCUAGAUAUUCCAGUUUGCAAGGAGUUUUUUAAAAAAGUCUUGAGAGUUUCAGAUGAUCGACUUACACGUGUUUUGCGUAAUAAAGAGCAAGGUGGCACACCUUCUAAGAAUAAAAGAGAAAAAAUGGACGCUGAUAAUAAAACAAAUCAACGUAUACAAAAUAAUGAUGAUGGAGAAGAUAAUGUGUUUUACACUAUAGAAGAUUCCGAACAAAUGAUGGAAUAA